AUGAUGCAAGCUUCAAGAAGUGGCAGGGAACGAGAGUUGUUCAAAAAACGGAAGGUAAGCUCACAUGCUUAUCUUUAAAGGUUAAAAAAAGUGUUUUUCUAAAAAUUUUUUUUUAUUUUUGAAGAUAUAUUUAAUUUUUGAAAAAAAAUAUUAACGAUAUGAGCAUGAUUUGUUAUAGUCCAUCUUUUGUACAUAUUAUAAUAUAUUAUGUAUCUUCUUUGGUAAACAAUAUUUAACGCAAUUUAUUAGUUUUUGAACAAUAAUAUUAGACAAGAUUCAGAAUCAUAUUACAUUUUUAUUGUGUUUCGACACUAGUGUUCAAUAUGGUAUAUGGGCAAAUUCUUUAUUUUUUUUCAUUUUUUGUCUGAUUUCUUCGAAAAACAAAACACGACAUUAUGAAAAAAACAAUGUGAUUUUAGUAAUGAAUUAGUGAAAUUUUAGCAUUCCGGAGUAGAAAAACUAUAAUUUUGUAAUAAAAAUGUGUGUAUAACGUUAAAUUCUGUCAUCAAAGUUAAGUUUUAUGACUUUACAAUUCGUUAUAAGUUCAGAUUUGUGUAUUUGUUUAUAUGACAACUCAUUUAAAAACCUAGUUUACAAAUUAUACUAUUGUCAUCCUACAUAACAUUAACGGUACCUUCAGUUUUUUAACUUUUUGUGACUUUUUAAGUUAUUUCUGUUAAAUUUUGUGGUAUGAUUCGUCGCAAAUCAAAAUUAAUGCAAAUUUUGUUUCUAAAAAAUUAUUCAAAUCGCUUGCGAUAGAGCAAAAACUAAAGAGAAGCCCUCAGGGUUUAACUAUCGGGUUCUGUAGCAUUUCAGUUUUAUUUACUGUUUGAAAGUUUUUCAAAGUUUUGAAAAGGCUGAAAGUCAAUUUUUUUAAUUCGCCAUUACUGUAAGAAUAUACAAAAUAUACUGUAGCUUUUUUUACCUUUCCUUUCUUAUAAACAUUUUUAUUAAAUUUAAAAUUUUAAAAACUUUAAUUUUUUGUGUUUUUGCGGUUUAACUAAAUAAUAGGCUUAAUCAUUACUGUCACAUCAAUAAACCAGUAGGUAAUUCUUGUAAAUUUUGUAAAAAAGAAAAGCCGGUUAAUCCAAUUCGAUUAGCGGUUAAUUGCAGCUUUUUUUAGUAAAAGGUAAGCAAAAAGACAAGUUUUUACAGUAACAACUUUAAAAUUUUACAGUAAAUUAUUACAGUUUUUUCCACUUGAGCUAUACCUAUUACUGUUCGUUGUGACAUCAACUAAAAAUGCAUAAAAACCUGGUCGAAAGUUCAUAUAAAAGCCAAAUUUGAUGAACAUACCUUUUAGAGGAAGUUGUUUUGAAAAGUGUCUAGGUAGUGUGCAAUAGUCAUGUCUACAGUAUAAAAUAGUUGAUUUUUUAGUAGAAAUACAGUGAAACUUUUUUUUGAGGUUUCAAAUUGUUUUCUUUGUUAUUUUAAAAUAGUAAGAAAAAGUUUUGUCUCCUUACCUAAAAUUUUAAUAAUAAUAAUGAAGAAAUCAAAUUAAAAAUUAGGAUAUUAUAAAUUUGUUCGUUAUACAGAAUUAGUUGUACAGGGUUUCAUUUUUACUACAAAAAAUAACUUUUCAUUCAUCUUUGCUGAAAGAUCAAACGACAAAGUUUGUAAGCCCAAAAUAUACUUUUACAGUAAACCUAUAGCGUUACCUUUGCUUGCACACUUGCUUUAAUUCAAGUACGAACUUUUGCAAAAUUUGCAACUUUGUAAACUUUUAAAACGUUCUUUGUUACUUUAGUCUUUUGUUUUAGUUGUUUUUUCGACUGGUCUACGAACACUUUGGGUAAAAUUACACUGCUUUUUAUAUGUUUGACUAGACUUUUGCUUGAAUUACAUAAAAGUGAAAAGGCGAAAUCAGCUGAGACAAAAGUUAAAAAGUGACAAUAUUUAAAGCUAAGGAUUACUGUAGGUUAUGGAGGAGUUGAAGAAGUUUAUUGUAAGUUUUGAAGCAAAGAAAUUUAUAAAUAAUUGGUUAUAUAAAAGUUACUGAACGGUUUUUUAAAAUUUUGUUAGUUUAGGACUUGUAGUCGUUAUAAUAUUAUGUAUUUUAGGCCAAAAUCUAAGCCUACAAACCACUUUUUUAUGACAAAACCUAACUUUUUGUUUUUUCGAAACCUCGAGACCAUAGUGACUAUUAUAUUAAUAGUAGUAACAUAUAAAUUAGUUUUUGAAAUGUAGUUACCGGUUAAGACAUUAGUUUGUAUAAUAUAUGAAGUUAGUCGGCCAAAGAAAUUAAUUUUUACAUGUGCCAGAGCAAUUUGAUUAUGUCUUGGUUUACUUUGUACUAAAGAUUAGGAAGUCUGUUUAUUUUGUGGUAAUAAGAGGUAACAUUUUAUAGUAAAUUUUACGAUGAAAAAUUUAUAAAAAAGUUACUUUAUAUAGUAAAGAGCUUAAUUUAUAGUAACAAGAGAUACAGUCAAGACUACUUUAAACUUUUUCAUUUAUUUAUUUACAUAUGUCUGUUUAUGUUAGGGGAUGUAAAUAAUUCUGUGCUCUAUUUAAUAGCAAAUUUUCGGGGUUAAAGGGCGCAGAAUUAAUUGAAAAACCUAAUAAAUAAAAAUAUUUAAAAGUAACAGUUUGAAUCUUGUCAUAAUUGAUGACUUUCUAUUUAAUUUUUGACCGAAAAAUUGCUUUGAGAAAAGGCACAGGAUUAUUUGAACAACUUUAUAUUAUAGAACACUACAUAAGUUAGACCAUCAGUUUUUUCAUUUUUUCACUUCUACCUUUCGCUUUCACUAUUUAACUACUCGAAUAUAAUAGGCAGUUGAUCUCAUAAUUUCCCUUCCUUCCCUUACCUUGAACACCUUUUCAAGAACAUCACUCAUUUAAUUCAGAGGCUCGAGUAAUGUGUUUUUGUUACUAUUUUAACGUAUUCGACAAACUUUUUGGAAACUUAAAGAGCUGAGUAAUACACUUACUGUACUUUUAACUAUUUAACAUGCGGUGGUUUUUUCGAAAAUUAAAGCUUUUUUAUAUGGAAAAAGGGCUUUUAGAUAUGUUUAGGGUAGGAUGUAAUAAAGUUUUUUAGGUAGGAAAAAGACUUUUUGAUAUUGGAUAAUGUUUAUGGUUUUUUAAGAAUAUGCCAAAAAGAAAUAGAGUAAGGUAAGAUAAAACAGGUUAAGGUCGUUUACAUCAAAAUACGGCAGAGUAAGGUAGAGUAUGAUAGGGUAGACCACUGCGUGAUAGAGUAGGGGAGAAAAAGAUAGAGUAAGAUAGGAUAAGCCGGUUUGGAUAGAGUAGAGCACGGUGUGUUAAUGUAGGUCACAGUAGCGUAGAGUAAGGUAGGGUAGGGUAGGGUAGGGUAGGGUAGGGUAGGGUAGGGUAGGGUAAGGUAGGGUAGGGUAGGGUAGGGUAGGGUAGGGUAGGGUAGGGUAGGGUAGGGUAGGGUAGGGUAAGGUAGGGUAGGGUAGGGUAGGGUAGGGAUUUUUUCUUGUAAAUAUAAUAGGUUGUUCAAAUAAUUAUGCGCUCUCAGUUUCAAAGCAAAUUUUUGAGGUUAGAGGGCACAAAAUUAUUUGAACAAUUUUAUAAUUUUAUACCUUUUACUGAUGUUUUAAAGUAUUUUUUGAUACUUUUUAAAUUGUUAUAGACUCUCUAAAAGCUUUGAUUUUUCAAAAAGUGACAGUCGUUUUUCUUUGAGGUAAAUUUACGAUUGAAUUAUACUUUUGCAAUUGUGUUUUGUAGACAUUACAACUCAGAAAUCAGAAAGUUUUGGUGUAAUAUAUUCAGGAAUUUAUUUAAAAAUAGUUUUUUUUUAAAUGUAGCAAUAUUUUUUAAUAUUUUUAAUAAUAGCAAAUUGUAAAAUAAGAAAUGAUGAAAUAUUUUUUUUAAAACAUAAAGCGGUACAAACUUUAUAUAUUUUUAAAAAUUUUUUAAAAAGAUUUUUAUCAAAACUUAAUCUCCAGCGAGACGCCCGAGCCGCGUCGGCGCAGCGUCAACCUCAACCUCAAGUCAAAGUUCAACUCUCAACUCCGGUGGACGACAUGAACCGCGUUCGAGAACUUUUGGUCGAUAAGUUGGGUUCGGAGAAUGGAUUGCUCAGAAGUGCCCUGGCCGAAUUCAUCGGAACUUUUUUCUUAAUUGUAAGUUUAUUUUUAAAAAAAAAUUUAAAAAUUUAAGAUGUCUAAAAAGUAAUGAGCUACUUUUUAUUUAUAGCUAAUAUACAGUUCAGUAGCUCAUUACUCUUCAUACAACUUAAAAAAUUUUUUGUUAUUUACGAACGUGACGAUACUUGAAAAACUUGUAAACUUAUAUAUAGAAAGGUAUAGUAAGAUACUAAAAAGUACGUUUUGUUACGAAGUAAAAUACGAUACGAUACUGAUUCAAUUUAUUUUCAGUUCAUUGGACUAUCAGCUAACAUUCAGUACAAAGUGACAGACUCUCCAAUGACUUCUGUUCAAUUGGCGUGGGGCUUUGGCUUUGCUUUCGCCGUUUAUCUAGCCGCUAAUGUAUCAGGUAAGCCAUAUGCAAAUUAUUAGGUUGUACAAAUUAUUCUGAGCAUUCUAGCUACGUAAAUUUGUUUUGGGAGGAGCGCAGAAUUAUUUAAACGUACAAAAAAAUUUUGAAUUUUUUGGUUUUACUACACUGCAAACGGGCCAAAAGAGUCUUGUCGUUUUUAACAUUAAAAAUUGUGUUGUAAAACGACAAGGCUUUUAAGCUUUGUUUUAAUGUUUAAUAAAGAUAUUAUGUUGUUGUAUAAUGUCGAGUUUAAAAAAUGUUGUUCUAGGUGCCCACAUCAAUCCAGCCAUUUCGAUAGCAGCAUUAGUGAAUGGUGGUCUCUCAUUCCUCAGGUUUUUCAUUUAUCUCUUUUCUCAAAUCAUUGGAGCUUUUGUUGGAGCUGCAGCUGCUUAUCUUGGCCAUAUUGGUAAGCAAAUCUACCCUGGAAAAGGGCCGGGGCUUAGUUUGGACUCUGGAUCUAGGCUAUAGUUUGGGCUACGAAGCUUUGGCACACAUUUGCCGGCCUGGCUCGGCUUUCUCUCAAAUUUCUUUUAUUCAAUUUAGAAGUAGGAGUAAUUUAAAUUUUAGUGUAGAUUUUGUUGAUAUAGGUACGAAAGUUUUGUUGAUUUAAGUAAAAGUUUAAAUUUUACAAUUCCAGAUGACAUGAACUACUUACAACAACGUGAGGACAGUUUGAUAGGAGGAAACACAACUUCAGCGUUGUUUGCCACAUUUCCAUCUUCACAUAUGACAGUAUAUGGAUCAUUGGUGGAUCAGGUAACCUAUUCUUUAUUAUUUUGCUUAUCUUUUCUAUUUUUUAUUCAAAAAUUAGUUUAUUUGGAGUUAAAAAAGUCUUGUCGUUUUUUAACGUUUGAAGUAAUGUGUUUUGACGACAGGACUUUUUUUCAAAGUUUUGAUGAUACAACUUUUGUGCAAAAUUAACGUUUAAAAUAAAAAAAGGUGUAAAAUUGUCUUAAAAUGCUUUAAAUUUGAUUUUUUUGCAUCUAUAAAGUAAAAACCCGUAUUUUACACUUUCAGAUAAUGGGCACAGCUAUCUUGGCAUUAUGCAUAGAAUUGAUUGUGGACAAACGGCAUCGUAUUCAUAGUGGACUAAUACCCUUAUUGGCUGGUUUUGCCAUGGCCAUGAUCUCUAUGACAUAUGGUACUAAUGGGGGCUUUGCUAUUAAUCCAGCAAGGUAAAAAAUUGAAAAACUUUUUUUUUUGAAAUUUGAACUUUUGAUUUUUUGAAUUUUUUAAAAUUUUUCUUUUUUUGAAAUUUGAGAAUUUGGUUUUUUUUUAAUUUUUUAAAAAAUUUUUUAAUUUUUAAAAUUAAAAAAAAAUUGAAAAAUUUCCCUUCAGAGACCUCGGCCCACGCCUCUUCCUCCUCUGCGUUGGCUAUGGCUGGGAACUGUUCACAGCCAACAACUACUACUUCUGGAUCCCCAUAGUUGGUCCUAUCAUUGGUGCUAUAAUUGGAUCCUGGGUCUAUAAACUGUUUAUUGGUAUUCAUGGUCUAAAUGAAGACAUCCCAAUCUCGAAACCUCAAAAAGUUAGUUCAACUCCAGUUACAGCGAUUCAAAACGUUCAGCCGUUUGCUACUGCUUAUGGGCCACAUCUAUCUGAAUAUGAUCGCCAUGCUUAUAAUGGAACGGCUUAUAAUUCGAACUAUCGCUGAUUUUUAAAACCUUUUUAGUCUUAUGCAAAUACUUAUUUUACAAUUUUUAAUUUUUGCAUGAGCUACUUAUAAUUUCUAGCUUACAAGGAGAGUGCCCGACCCUUGAUCAUGUAAAUAUAAGAUUCAGAAAAGUUUUAAAUUGUGUUUUCCAGCCAACCUUGAGAAAAACAAGAUCAAAAAUUACGUUUUGAAUUUCCCGCCAAAUUGGCAUUGUGUUUCAAGCUUAUAGCUUUGUCAUUUUUUGACUUUUAGGAAGUUUUCUUUGAUCUACUAGUAGAAUACCUUUUAAUAGGUAUAGAUUUUUAAAUUGGGAAGUCAAAACAGGUGCUUGAAACACAAUGCCAAAUUUGCCAAAUUGGCAGGAAACAAAAAUAUUUAAAUUUUAAAACUUAAACGGCCAAAUAGGGGGGCAGUUUGGGUAGUUUCUUUGAAAGCUUUUUUUUGCUGUUUCAUUGCUAGCUUCAGUUUUAAAAAUCUAGAUUUUGAAAAAGAAUCUGUAUUGCUUUGUUACUGUAUAUACUUAUGUACAUAUAUCUGAUUUAUAUUUUUAUGUUUAGCUUAGAACUUAAAGUCAAAUUUUAAAAAGAACCUUUAAAAUCAAAGAUUUUACUUUUUUUAACCAAAUGCCAGAGCUUUUUUCAAUAUUUUUAUCAUUUUUUUUCAUUAUGGUGCAUAUCUCUUUGCGUAUCAAUAAUAAACUUGCUUUAUUAAACUAUAUUUCUCAGCUGCUUAAGUAAGAUUUUAGCCUUCGUGGUUCUAAAUACCGUAUUUUACAUAAAAAAUUAAUUUUUUACUUUUAAGCCUAGCUUUCAAAAAUUUAAGCCCAAUUUUCAUUUUUAAAAUUAUUUUUAAUGUUAAACUCUUAAAAACAAACUUUAGUCCGACUCCACCAAAUCCCUAAUAGAACCUCAAACCUUAUCAUGGCGUCAAACUACAAUCCCUCCAUUCCCACCCCCAAACCCAGUCUACAGUAAGCCAGUAGAACCCAACGACCCAGCUCGCCAGCCAAGCUUCUUUAGCGACAUUCGUCGCGAUUUCGAGCACCGCCAAGUGGACGAAAAAUUUAUGGAUUUGAAUGCCGAAGACUCAUUUAAACGCACCAGAGCACCAUCCCCACCCCCUAGUCAUGAGCCACCUCCACCACCUGUGUCAUCACCUGCUGGAGAACCUGAGAAUUUAAGGAAAUUGUUUGAAACUGAUCGACCAGUGCCAUUUUAUAGAAGUGUCUUUGAGGAAAAGAAGGAAAAUGGACCGUUACCUACUAUUCAUGAGGCUCAGAAGAAGAUGCCGGAGACAGCUAGUGGUUUUAGACCUUGGGAAAGAGAUGCGUAAGACUUUACAAAAGCAAAAACUUUCUUUACAGAUACCGAAAACUGCUUUUUAUACCCUACCCUACCCUACCCUACCCUACCCUACCCUACCCUACCCUACCCUACCCUACCCUACCCUACCCUACCCUACCCUACCCUACCCUACCCUACCCUACCCUGCCCUACCCUACCCUACCCUACCCUACCCUACCAUACCCUGCCCUACCUCACCCCACCCCUACCCUACCCUACCCUACCCUACCCUACCCUACCCUACCCCAGUUUGCCUACCUCCACUUACUUUUAGUGACCGCUUCUCUUCCGCUCCAGCAUCAGAAGCCUCCGUACCCAGCCAACGUGCCCCACCACCCCCACAAGCGCCGCCUAGACUGCGCCAACAGCCUGGACCAAGUUCGUAUCAACGCACCGACCGGGACCAAAUCCAAGUCAGUCUAGCCUAUUACCGAAACGAUUAA